CCAAAACCAAACCAAACCAAAAACUUCUCUCUCUCUUCCUGCGUGAACCGCGGAGCAAGGAAGGAGGAGCCGCCGCCGGCGUACUAAUCGCGCGCGGGGGCCUCCCCUCUCAUCCACCCGGUCUACUGCCGUCGAGGGAGCAGCCAGCCAGCCGCGUGGGAUCGAAGCGCCGGCCGGCGGUCGGUGGAGGAGGGGCCCGGCGCCUUCCGUGUUCGUUCUCUCCCGUCCACCAGCAAAACAAUAAAUCGAUCUGCUCCUGGUGACGAAUUUCUCAGAUUGCGUCGCGGGAUCGGGUCGGCAGUGGGGGCAAAGGCAGGAUUCACGCCGCUUUGCCCCUAAAAUCAACUCCGAUAUGGGCGAGGAACCCGAAAUGAGGCUCUAGAUUUCUCAUCGGUUGUGCCGUUGCGGUGUGGAUUGUUCGCAGAGGGUCUCCUCCAUUUUAGAAGGAAGGGAACCCCAGGCUUGAUCCCUCAUCAAAUGGCUUCUUCUACUAAUUCCUAGUGUACAGCUUUCUAGUGUAAAUACUGGUAGUGGCUGCCAGCUUCAGCCUCAGCCUGCUAAUCCUGCUAAGAUGUCGUCGGCCGGCGUCAUCGCGCUCGGGCCGGUGCCCGACGACCUGGCCUACCUGCCCAUCAGCUUCGGCCACUCGGGCCGCUGCUCCUCCGCCUCGCAGCUGCAGGACCACAUCCUCAUCUUCCUCGCCGUCCCCGGCGCGCCGCCCAUGCCGAUGAGCGUGCUGGGCACCGACUCCAUCGCCUCCGUCAAGCUGCGCAUCCAGCGCUUCAAGGGCUUCGUCGUCAACAAGCAGCGCCUCGUGCUCGACGGCCACGAGCUGGCCCGCAACAACUGCCCCGUCAGGGACUACGGCCUCGAGGACGGCAACGUGCUGCACCUCGUCAUCCGCCUCGCCGACCUCCGCGUCAUCAACAUCGAGACCGCCAGCGGCAAGAAGUUCCAGUUCCAGGUCGACCAGACCCGCAACGUCAAGUACCUCAAGAGCAAGCUCGCCGAUGACGAGGACCUCGGCUGCCUCGAGGAUGACAAGCUCGAGUACGACGGCGAGGUGCUCGAGGACCACCGCUUGAUCGCUGAUAUCAGCAACAGGGAUGAUGCUGUGCUUCACUUGUUCAUCCGCAAGCCGGCAAAGCUACGGACGCAGCAGGUCGAGAAGGAUACCUUGGUUACGGUUGACAACCCUCAGGAGAAAGAGGACCUUGCGAAUGAAUCUCUUGUUGUGAACCCUGCGAAACCAGCUGGUGGCAAGCCUGCUCCUGUUGAACCGAUUGUUGUGAACCGUAAGGCGAGGCUUUCGCCUGAAGUGGUGAAGAUGAUCGACUCGGCAAUAGCUGGUCUUGAGAACGGGCACACACCAGUUAUGUCAGCAGAAGGUUCGGGCGGUGUUUACUUCAUGCAAGAUUCAUCAGGCCAGAAGAAUGUCGCGGUGUUCAAGCCCAUUGACGAGGAACCAAUGGCCGAGAACAACCCGAGGGGUCUCCCGCUGUCGACUGACGGGGAAGGCAUGAAGAGAGGGACACGUGUUGGGGAAGGUGCGCUCAGGGAAGUUGCGGCUUAUAUUCUGGACCACCAGGUUGUUGAGCGUGAAUCGGGUCGCAGUGUUGGCUUCUCUGGUGUGCCUCCCACAGCAAUUGUCCGAAGCUUACAUAGGGGGAAGAGCUUCAAGGUUGGAUCCCUGCAGAUGUUCAAGGAGAACGAUGGCAGCUGCGAGGAUAUGGGUCCCCGGGCUUUUCCAGUGAAGGAGGUCCACAAAAUAGCAGUGUUAGAUAUUAGGCUAGCGAAUGCUGAUCGUCAUGCAGGGAACAUUCUAGUUUCCAAGGAAGAAGGUGCCACCUACAAGCUCAUCCCAAUUGAUCAUGGUUACUGCCUGCCAGAGAAGUUUGAGGAUUGCACCUUUGAGUGGCUUUACUGGCCUCAAGCCCGUGAGCCGUUCAACGACGAGACUACUGAAUAUAUUAGCUCUCUAGACGCUGAAGAGGACAUCAAGCUUCUCAAGUUCCACGGGUGGGAGCUGUCUUCAAGCUGUGCCCGUGUCCUGCGCAUCAGCACCAUGCUGUUGAAGAAGGGGGCGGCACGUGGCCUCACGCCAUAUGACAUAGGACGUAUAUUGUGCAGGGAAACUGUGAAUAGGGACUCCGAGAUCGAGGACAUCAUCCAGGAAGCAGAGGAUGCUGUUCUUCCAGGGACAAGUGAGAACCUGUUCCUGGAAACCGUAUCCGAGAUCAUAGACCGCCGCCUCCUCGGCAAGUAAUAUUUGCUUUUAGAACACUCGGAAUAACUGAUCUAGUUGUUCGUCUGUAUCGGUUUGAUGUAAGUAUGUUUCACAAGGCACUGCUGAUCCAGGCCUCAAUGCACUGAUGAUUUCAUUUGUUUUUAAGCCCCAAA